GGCCGAAGAUUGGUCUCUAUUUCAGUAUGUUACAAAGUACUCUGUGAUCGAUUGGAAUCUGAUUGGAAUGGAAAAGGAUUCUUGUUUUCGGCUUUACAAAUAGUUUUCAAUAUUUGCUGAUUUAGUAUUAAAGUCUUGGAAACACAUUAUCUACGUCGUAGUUAUAACCUAUUUAUUAAGUUACAGUUUUUUUUAAUCACACAUCAUGGUUUCGGGUGAAGAUUUAAUUAUUUUUCUUAUUUUAUUAUUUUCUUGGGCAGAGUACUUAUGGGAAUUGUACCUCACAUUGCGGCAGCUCAAAAUAUACCAAACUAACAAUACCAUACCCGAUGAGCUGAAGGAGACAUUGAAUGAAGAAUCUAUAAACAAGGCCCGUCUGUAUGGCAUUGAUAAAUCAAAAUAUAAAAUUGUCAAGGAACUGUAUGAGAUAAUUUUAACAUCAGUGAUUUUGUACAAACGUUGGAUUUAUGUUGGAUGGCACAAAUCAGAGAUGAUAGCAGAAGCUUUAAAUAUAUCACUUGAUCAAGAAAUUCUUAUCACUUGUAUAUUUAUGACAUUUGCUACACUAUUUAAUUUCAUUACGAAUAUGCCUUUUAAAAUUUAUGGAACAUUUGUACUGGAGGAAAAGCAUGGAUUUAAUAAACAAACAGCUCUAUUCUUUAUAAAGGAUCAGUUGAAAUCACUAUUACUGACCCUUGUAAUUUCUCUGCCUAUGAUAUCAAUUUCGUUGUACAUUAUUAUGUUGGGAGGAAACAUGUUUGUUGUUUGGCUGUGGCUGUUCACAACAGUAACAACUCUGUUACUACUUGCAUUAUACCCAACAGUUAUUGCACCACUGUUUGACAAGUUUGUACCUCUACCUGAAAAUGCACUUAGAAAAGGAAUUGAAGAUUUAGCUCUUAAGCUGAAUUUCCCGCUAUCUCAAAUUUAUAUUGUCAAAGGUUCAAAAAGAUCAGCACACAGCAAUGCAUAUUUCAGUGGACUUUUAGGUGCUAAAAGAAUUGUAUUGUUUGAUACACUGUUAUUAAGCCAUGAUGAAACAAAGAAUGUUACCACUGGAUGUACUGAUCAGGAAAUAUUGGGAAUCUUGGCUCAUGAACUUGGACAUUGGAGUUGCAGCCAUAUUUAUAAAUCUAUUGGCCUAACUGAAGUCAACUUACUUUUGAUGUUCACUGCAUUUGAUUUUCUUUUUGAAUACCCUAUGUUGUAUACUGCAAUUGGUUUUCCUCCUGGUCAGAAGCCAAUUGUAAUUGGUUUGUUAGUUGUCUUGCAGUUGAUUCUAGCUCCAUACAACUCAUUAUUGUCAUUUUUUGUAACUGCACUCUCUAGGAAAUUUGAGUUUGAAGCUGACAACUUUGCUAUUAACUUGAAUUAUGGAAAUGAACUUAGGUCCGCUCUAAUUAAGUUAGGUAAGGAUAACUUGGACUAUCCGAUCUAUGAUAAACUGUAUUCAGCAUGGUACCACUCCCAUCCAACUUUGCUCCAUAGAAUAGAAAACAUUAAUACCAAAAUUGCUGAAGAGAAGAAAGACUAAUUCGUAUUUUACAGUUAAUAUUUUGAUUGCAUUUUAAAUAGUACAACUAUAUUGAAUACUUUUUUAUAUCUUGUAUACUUAUUCUGUGCAUUUUAUACUAUUAGAUGUUUUCCAUAUUUUUUUGCUCUCAUUUUAUUGAAUGUAAAGAUACAAUUAAGAAGUAAUUUUGUUUGGGCACUAAUGUCCAGAAGCAAACCAAAAAGCUAAGCUUUGCUUUAAGCAAUAUGGAAAAGUAUGUAUAGUUCCUUUUUGAUUAUAUAGUCUUAUUACCUUCGUAAAUAGAUGUGUAGAGUAAUAUAGAUUAUCUGUGACUUUGAAAAUCUGAUCUCUGACACAUUAGGUCUUUGUACAUCUGCAUGUAACUGGGAAGUAACAACUUAUAGGAACUUAAUAACUAUUUAGUAGUACAUUUUAAUUAGUGUAUGUGUAAUGUUGUGCACAAUUAUAUAUAUAAAAAAAACUUAAAUAUAUGUAGUGUUUUAAAAAUGUAAUA